AUGGCAGAGAAGACUCGCCUCAAAGAUCUCACGGCUGAUGUCAAACGCAUCCUUGAAGUACUGGAGAUCAGAGAUCGUGAAAACGCCAUUAGAUUUGAAACCUUGGAGUCAGCUGUUGAUGCCUUGAUGCAACAGAAAACAGCAAACCCCGCUUCAUCGUUUCAGGUGCCUAACAUCAAGUUAGAUUUUCCACGCUUUGAUGGCUCUGAUGUCUUGCAAUGGAUAUUCAAGGAAGAGCAAUUCUUCUCAUAUUACAAUACUCCUGAUGAUCAUCGUCUAACGAUUGCUGUCAUACAUCUGGAUAAGGAUGUAGUCCCAUGGUUUCAAGAAUAUUACGUCAAAUUCACUGCUCUGGCUAACCGUGUGCAAGGUGUCACCACUGAAGCCUUGUUAGAUUGUUUUAUUGGAAGGUUAAAACCGGAUAUUCGAAGGGAUGUCAUUGCUCAAUCUCCUUCAACAUUAAUUCGCUCAGUUUCCUUAGCUAAAUUUUAUGAAGAAAAAUACAUGACCAAACCCAAACACUAUCAACCUUAUACAACAGCCAAAACACUAACCCCAAACACUAGCCAGCCUAUACACCAAACCAUUAAAUCCACAAAUCUACCACCCUUGCUUCCAACUCCGACUACAGCUUCCACCACCAUCCGAAAUACCCAUAUCAAGCGAAUCACCCCAGCUGAGAUGCAACUGAGAAGGGAAAAAUGGCUCUAUUAUAGAUGUGAGGAGAAAUUUUCUCCCACCCAUCGUUGUCCCAACAAGCAAUACCUGCUUCUACAAUGCCAAAACGCGGAUUCCGCAGACUUACCACCCGAACCACCGGAUACGGAGCAGCAAGGUGAAUUAAACUUGUUACAAGAACACCACCUAUCUUAUAAUGCCUUAAAAGGAGCUUCUGGACUAGGUACAAUGAAAUUCCAGGGUUUAAUUAAUGGCAUUACAGUUCAAGUUUUAGUAGACAGUGGCUCGAGUGAUAAUUUUCUGCAGCCCAGAAUAACUCAUUGUUUAAAGUUGCCCAUUGAGCCAAUCUCCAAUUUUAAAGUUCUAGUCGGCAAUGACAAUGCUUUAGUUGCUGAAGGAUUGGUUAAAGACUUGGAAGUCCGAAUUCAGGGUCACUCUUUGACAUUGCUAGUAUAUUUACUACCUGUUACUGGGGCUGACUUAGUUUUGGGGAUUGCCUGGUUAGCUACUCUUGGACCUCAUAUUUCAGAUUACAGCACUCUUACACUGAAAUUUUAUUUGGGCAAUCAUUUUGUCACAUUGCAUGGGGAGCAAAACACUUUACCUGUGGUUUUUUCUGUUCCUUCGGGGCUGCCUCCUAGUAGGUCACAGAACCAUUCUAUUCCCUUGUUACAAGGCUCGGAACCAGUGAAAGUGAGGCCAUACAGGUAUCCCCAUAGCCAGAAACACCAGAUUGAAAUAAUGGUCCAAGAUAUGUUGAAGGAAGGACUUAUUAUUCCUAGCACUAGUCCUUUUUCAUCACCAAUUAUUCUGGUUAAAAAGAAAGAUGAAACUUGGCACUUUUGUACUGAUUCUAGGGCCUUGAAUGCUAUCACUGUUAAGGACAGUUUUCCUAUCCCAACCGUAGAUGAACUCAUUGAUGAGUUACAUGGAGCGCAAUUUUUCUCUAAAUUGGACUUGCGUUCUGGCUACCACCAGAUCUUGGUAAAGGAAGAGGACAGAUUCAAAACAGCUUUUAGAACCCACAAAGGUCAUUAUGAAUGGGUUGUAAUGCCAUUUGGUCUCACCAAUGCCCCUGCCACAUUUUAG